AGUGUGUGUUAUUUCCAACCCCCGAUCUUAAGAAAGUUCAGAGGUUUACAAGUUGACUCUGCAAUUGAAUAUAUUGAAGAAUAUGGAUAUAAAAUCAUUUCUUUAUGAAUUUUGCGCGAAGUCGCGUAUUGAACCUAAGUUUGAGGUUCGUCAAACGGGUCCCAAAAACCGUCAACGUUUUCUGUGUGAGGUACGGGUGGACCAGAACAACUACAUCGGUGUGGGAAAUUCUACUAACAAGAAGGAUGCUGAGAAAAAUGCGUGCCGUGACUUUGUUAACUAUUUGGUGCGUGUCGGCAAGCUGAAUGCCCAAGAUGUGCCGGCGGAUGUGGUAUUCGGCGGGAGCAGGACCAGAUCAGGUCCUCAGGGCGGGGGCGCGUCUCUGGGAGGACAGCAGAAGCGCAUGUUUGGUGCCCAGUCCGGUCCCCAGGAUCUGGGUGAGGCCUACCGCCCCCUGAACCACGAGAGCGGUGGCGACAGUAGCCGCUUUAACAUUAUCGACCAUGUCCAGGAGCAGAAGGACAUGAACGAAGCUGAGUCCAUUGAUGUUAACGCCGCUAUCCAUGGCAACUGGACCAUAGAGAAUGCCAAAGAACGUCUGAACAUGUACAAACAGGCAAACAACAUCCGCGACGAUUACAAGUAUACCCCAGUGGGCCCGGACCAUGCUAGGAGCUUCAUGGCCGAGUUGUCUAUUUACGUGCCGGCGCUCAAGCGCAAAGUGACGGCCCGCGAGACGGGAUCCAACAAGAAGUCGGCCAGCAAGUCAUGCGCCCUGUCCCUGGUGCGCCAACUUUUCCAUUUGAAGGUAAUCGAGCCUUUAGCGGUACCUAAAAAAAAGAAGGACGAGGAACUGAAACCAUAUCCAGUGAAGCUGGCGCCCGAGCUGGUGAACAGCAUAGACGAGGUGAUCCAGGUGCUAGACCUUCCUGUCGUAAACCCACGCAAUAUAAAAAUGGAGUCGGACGGCGCUCCCAUUCCACUGAUUGUUAACGCAAACCGCAUUGACUCUAUCCAACAAGAUGGGGAGAAACGUCAAGAGAGCUCGGUUAUUCCGUGGGCCCCUCCUCAGCCAAAUUGGAACACGUGGCAUGCGUGCAACAUCGACGAAGGUGAAUUAGCAACCGUCUCUAUAGAUGACCUUUCUAUGGACUUCGAACGCUCGUUGCGAGAGCGACGCCAAAACGACGCUGAGUAUCGAAAAUUCCUCGAGUUUCGCGACAAGCUGCCCAUAGCAGCCAUGCGUUCCGAGAUUCUAAGCGCCAUUAAUGACAGCCCAGUGGUAAUCAUUCGUGGCAAUACAGGAUGCGGCAAGACCACCCAGAUAGCCCAAUACAUCCUAGACGACUACAUCUCUUCCGGCCAAGGUGGCUAUGCCAAUAUUUACGUAACCCAGCCUCGCCGCAUUUCAGCUAUUUCUGUGGCAGAGCGUGUAGCCCGUGAGCGGUGCGAGCAGUUGGGCGACACUGUCGGCUACUCGGUGCGAUUUGAGUCAGUUUUCCCACGGCCCUACGGCGGAAUCCUCUUCUGCACUGUAGGUGUGUUGCUGCGCAAGCUGGAGGCGGGCCUACGUGGAGUAUCGCACAUUAUCGUCGACGAAAUUCAUGAGCGAGAUGUGAACAGCGACUUUCUACUGGUGAUACUUCGCGACAUGGUCGACACCUAUCCGGAUCUGCACGUUAUUCUUAUGUCGGCCACUAUUGACACGACGCUCUUUUCCAAGUACUUUGGAGGCUGUCCCGUUCUGGAAGUGCCUGGCAGGGCUUUUCCAGUACAGCAGUUCUUCUUGGAGGACAUUCUUCAAAUGACUGACUUUGUCCCCUCGGCGGAAUCACGCCGAAAGCGAAAGGAGGCAGAGGACGAAGAACAACUUCAGCUCUCAGAGAACAAGGAAGAGAUAGAGACCAACUUUAACAAGGUUUGCGAAGACAAAUAUUCAGAUAAAACACGCAACGCAAUGGCUAUGCUUUCCGAAUCGGACGUUAGCUUCGAACUCCUGGAGGCAUUGCUGGUGCAUAUUAAGUCAAAAAACAUUCCUGGUGCCAUCCUAGUGUUCCUGCCCGGCUGGAACCUGAUAUUUGCGCUUAUGAAGUUUCUGCAAAAUACGAACACUUUUGGUAAUUCGGCUCAAUAUCGCAUUCUGCCUUGCCACUCGCAGAUCCCGCGAGACGACCAACGUAAGGUUUUUGAUCCAGUGCCAGACGGCGUCACCAAAAUCAUUCUCUCCACCAACAUCGCGGAGACUUCUAUUACAAUCGACGACAUUGUCUUUGUAGUUGACAUCUGUAAGGCGCGCAUGAAACUCUUUACUUCACACAACAACCUUACCAGCUACGCCACCGUAUGGGCCAGCAAGACCAAUCUAGAACAGCGAAAGGGUCGAGCUGGACGAGUCCGUCCGGGCUUCUGCUUCACGCUCUGUUCUCGUGCCCGCUUCGAAGUACUUGAAGAUACCCUUACUCCAGAGAUGUUCCGGACUCCGCUGCAUGAGAUGGCUCUCACCAUUAAAUUGCUCCGCCUUGGCGCCAUUCACCACUUCUUGUCAAAGGCGUUGGAGCCACCGCCAGUUGACGCGGUCAUCGAGGCUGAGGUGUUGUUACGGGAGAUGCGAUGUCUCGACGUCAACGAUGAACUUACACCAUUGGGCCGCCUUCUGGCACGCCUUCCAAUCGAGCCGAGACUGGGAAAGAUGAUGGUGCUCGGGGCGGUGUUUGGCUGUGCCGAUCUGGUGGCCAGCAUGGCCUCCUACUCCAGCACCUUUUCAGAGGUGUUUAGCCUGGACAUUGGCCAACGCCGCCUGGCAAAUCAUCAAAAAGCGUUGAGUGGAAGCCAGUGUUCCGAUCAUGUGGCCAUGAUCGUGGCCUCACAAAUGUGGCAGCGAGCAAAACAACGAGGUGACCAGGAGGAGGCCCGCUUCUGCGACUGGAAGGGUCUGCAAAUGAGUACUAUGAACGUUAUGUGGGAUGCAAAGCAGCAGUUGCUAGAUCUGCUUCAACAGGCCGGAUUUCCAGAAGAGUGCAUGAUACCGCACCAUGUAGACUCAGAGACUAAUGGCGAUGACCCGGUACUGGACAUGUCGUUGGCUCUGCUAUGCCUGGGCCUCUACCCCAACAUUUGCGUGCACAAGGAGAAGCGUAAGGUGCUAACUACAGAGUCCAAGGCGGCGUUGCUCCACAAAACUUCAGUGAACUGUAGCAACUUGGCCGUUACCUUUCCGUAUCCGUUUUUCGUUUUCGGAGAGAAGAUACGCACGCGCGCCGUUUCCUGCAAGCAACUAUCUAUGGUCUCGCCUUUGCAGGUGAUGUUGUUCGGAUCGCGCAAAAUCGAUUUGGCAGCCAACAGUAUAGUGCGCGUUGACAACUGGGUUAACUUUGAAAUGGAGCCGGAACAUGCUGCCAAGAUCGGGGCCCUGAAGCCGGCACUAGAGGAUCUUAUAACGGUCGCCUGUGACAAUCCGGCCGACAUACUGCAGCUGGAGGAACCAUAUGCCAAACUGGUCAAGGUGGUUAAGGACCUCUGUGGAAAGGGAGCAGGCGAUUUUGAACUGCAGCGUGAUUCGGGAAUUUUGCCGCACCAGUCACGUCAGUUCAGUUCCGGAAGUGGACCAGCCAAACGAGGUCGUUUCGAUGGUGGUGGCGGCAGUGGUGGACGCUUCGCUAACAGAGGUUUUGGCGGUUAUGGCAACAGAGGAAACAGCAGCUUCGGUAGUGGGGGAAUUCGUGGUUUUGGAGGCGGUGGAUAUGGAACCAACGGUGGGGGGUAUGGAAACAAUCCAGGCUUUGGAACCAAUAGAGGAGCGGGAGGCGGCUUUGGAAACUUUGGAGGAAGCAACGGUGGUGGAAACCAAACUGGCAGCUGGGGACGCUUUUAACGUAUAAGGUUCGUUGAUGUCUGAAUUGAAAAAUAAGUGCACACUAAAAAGCGUGACCUUUGAUUUUCUGAUUGAAUUUACGUGGUAUAUAAAUAAAAGACGUUUAAUCUCA